CUACAACUACAUCUAUGACUACAACACCUACAACUACAACAACAUCUGUAACCACCACAAUAACAUCUACAACCACCACAACAACUACUUCAACCACCACCACAACAACAAAAACAACGACGACUACAGUCACAACAUCCACCACUACGACUAUAACGACCACAACAGAAACUACAAAUACCACAACUGCAACAUCUACAAAUACCACAACUACUACUUCAACCACCACAACAAUAACCACCACUACGACUUCAACGACCACAGCACAAACUAAAAGCACCACAACUGCAAUGACAACAACAAUAACUGCUACGACAAUGACUAAUACUAAAACAAACACCACAACAAAAACAACCAACAAAGCCACUACAACAACCACUACGACUAUAACGACCACAACAGCAACUACUAGCACCACAACUGCAACAUCUACGAUCACCACAACUACUACUUCAACCUCCAACACCACCACCACCACCACCACAACAACAACAACAACAACUACAACAACAACUACAACAACAACUACCACGAUCACAGACACUAGAACCACCACUGCGACUAUAAAGACCACAACAGAAGCUACAAGCACCACAACUGCAAUCACAACAAUAACUAUUGCAAUCACAACAAUAACUACUGCUACAACAACAACAACUACUACUACUACUACUACUACAACUACGACCGUCACAACAACGACACAAGGCUAUUUCGGAAUGGCCCCUGAACUUGGGUCAGUUAGUGCUCCCAAGCUUUUGAAUUGCCUCCAAAUUGAUAUCGAAUUUAUGUCCGAAACAUUCGAAAAAAUGAUCGUGGAUAUGGCUGAGGAAUGCCAAGAAAAAUGUCCAAAAAACUGCUGA